CGCGGCUGUGCCAGGAGCGGCUCCAGGGCUGGCGGGGCAGCGCCGGAACUGCGAAGCAAAGGAAGAAUGAAGUCAACAAAGAUUCGUGAGUCAUCAUUUUUGGAAUCUCAUGAACACCUUCUUUUGGAUAUUCCUGUCACUAGAGAGCAGAUGAAUCAUUAUCGAGCUGCAGCUGAAACUGCUCAAAGUGAACUUGCAGCACUUUCAGUGAAGUAUGACUGUGCCCAGUCAGAGCUUCUUAAACUCAGGUCGAGCAUGAUCUCUAAAGAAGCUGCUUUUCAAGAGCUGAAGGCUGAAGCUGAAAGCUAUAAGGAAAACAAUGCUAGACUGAUGUCUCGCCUCCUGUCUUUGCAAACACGAAUCCAGGAGAUGGAAGAAGAGCUGUGUGUGCUUACUGCUUCUAAAAACCAGGCUGAGCUGACAGCUCAGGUGGCAUAUAAGGAAAAUUCAGAGCUGAAGGAAGAGCUUCAUGAGAAAAGUGCCAAACUUAAUAAACAUUUGAAUGAAUGUGAAGAAAACGUGACUCAGGCUUCUAAAAUCAGCCAAAACUAUGAAGAGCUCCUUACACAUCUUUCUGGAUUCUUGGACAUAGACAUCAGAGAAAAAGAGAAACCACAGGAACAUUUAGCAUCAAAGGUCUCUGAAAUAUGUAAAGAAAACAUGACACUAAAAGACCAGGUUGCUGCUCUUCAAGAAGAUGUGAAUGUCCAUGAGAUUGAGUCUAAAGCUAACAGAGAAACUAUCAUGAGACUGGUUUCAGAAGUGGCCAAGGAGCAGGAAAAGGCAGCAGGAUACUACCAAGACAUGGAAAAAAUUAGUAAGGAUCUUCACAGUACUAUAAUAAAGAGACAGAGUUUAGAGAUUGAGAUCAGAAACCUCCAAAAGAAACUGACUGUUAACCAGAAGGCUUUGGACACCUCAAAGCAGGAACUGCACAAUCUGAAGAAAUCUUCCAGGGAGUUAGAUGCAAGCUUGAAGAAUAGCAGAGAAGAGUCCAGGACUGCUCAGAGCUCUUUAGAGGCUUUUAAAGAAGAAAUUGCUACCCUGCUCAGCUGUGGAUCUGCAGUAGUUAAACCUUCUGAGAAGGCCAUUUUGGAGAGGAUCCAAGAAAUAAAGCACAAAGAGGAGAAUAAAGAAAAAAUGGUAUCUCAGCUUGAAACACAAAUAGCUAAAUUGAGUAAAACUUUGGAAAAUCAGACCAGAUUGUACCGUGAAGCACUGGAGAGGAGCAGGAAAGCUGAAAAAUGUUCUGAGAAUUUCCACGAUCAACUGAAGCACUUGGAAGAGGAAUUAUUAACUGGAGACCUGAUGCAAGAUGGUUUGAAGCUUGAGAAACAAAAAUAUCUGAAAUUUCUGGAGCAACUUAAUGAGAAGAUGAAGCUGGAUAGUCUAGCAGCAGAGGUUGGAUUUGAUAUGACUAUGGAUGCGAUUCUGGCCCGGGUAGAGCAGUUGGUGAAACUGGAAGGUGAUGCGGUGGUUGAGAGCAAGACUGUGGCAUACAGUCUCAGAAGGAAGUUGAAGGCUCAGAAAGAAAAACUUGAAAGCACGGAGCUGCACAUGAACCUUCUGCGGCAGAAAAUAACCCAGCUGGAAGAAGAGAAGCAAGUAAGGGCUGCCUUAGCUGUGGAAAGGGAUGAGGCCAAUCUCACUGUCAAAAAGUUACAUAAGAUGAUAGAGAGGCUACAGAAGCAGCUUGAUCUGGCAAGGGAAACAAAUACUGAUCUCAAAGCCAAGCUAUCUGAAACCAGUGAACUUAAGAUCAAAACUUUGGAGCAGAACAGAACAAUAGAGGAACUCAGUAAGUCUCAAGGCAAAUUGGAAAGAAUGAAAGAAAAAGCUGAGAAACAACUUAGAUCUGCCAAAUCCGAACUUCUUUUAAAGGAGCACAAAGCUAGUGAAGACAAAGAAAAAACCAAAAAUAUGUUAGAAGCAGUUACCAGUGAGAUGAAAGUGCUUAAAACAACCCUUGCAGAACUAGCAAAAAGAGAGAGACAGCUGGCAGAUUUCCGAGAGGUGGUCUCGCGGAUGCUGGGCCUCGACAUUGCCAGCCUGGCUCUUCCUGACUAUGAAAUCAUUGCACGCCUUGAGGGGCUGAUUCACUCCCAUCAGCACCACUUCUUCCCCUGUGUCUGCCUCAAAGAUGUGGCCCCAGAGGAGCAGCAAACAAACAUCCAGCCUCUUCGCUGGACGGAUAUGGAAUCAAGUAAAAUUCUCUGUUUGCUUCCUCACCUGCUGGACCUCCGCAGAAAACAGAUCCUUUUUUUUCUGUUCCCUACUUUAGAGACAUCAACUAGGGUUGAUUUUUAGAACUUCAACAGACAGACUUAUUGGAAUGGGUAAAGCCAGCAGCCUGGAGAUGACAAACAGAAAAUCUCUGGAUUAAUACUUCAGUCAUGAAAGUGAUAGAAACACAUUACAAUGCUCUCAAGUUUCAGUGCAGAGGCAUUGAGGUCAUGGGUCACCCAAGUUUUGAUAAGUUACUGGAUGUCUGCUUCAGUGGCACUCCUUGUGUUUUACCUCUAGGUGACAAGGAGGAAAUCAAGUAGGAGUUGUCCUGCUACUGUUCUUCCUGUCCCCUGGGACAUCUCUGCAGUUUUUACACAUAAGAACUUUAGCUUCAAGAAAAUUGUCUGCAAGUUAGAGGGUGAUCUCAGUUUUGAGAUAUUUUUGUUUUCUUCUGUUGGUUUCUUUUUUCUGCUUGUAUGGCAAAACAAAAAAAUUCAUUUUUGCAACAAAGGCUUUCUCCCAGGGGCCCGUCAGAUGCCUCAUAUAGAUAUGUUUGGUAAAAUUGAAUGUGCGCCUUGGUCACAAUGUCUUGAAAACAUUGCUUCCAACUUGUAUUCCUUGGGUAAUUAAUCCACCGUGGCAAUUCUUCUGAAUUAAUGAAAAAUUAUUUUAGAAUUCCUGCUCACUACAGAAAAUAGUUGAACUACUAAAGUGUUUAUUUUCAGAGAAGUGAUGAUGAGUUGUAAAAAACUAUCUCUUAAAAUCAUAAAAACUGCUUUCUGAGUGUUGUUCAAAUUAAUGUUUUUUUAAAAAGAAGUAUGGACAAUAAAUCUUUUUUAAUAGCACAUUCAAACUUGAUUCAGUGGUUUUAGUUUUCCCAUUAUAUGUUUUGUAUGGUUGUGUAGAAUAGUAAAGAUGACUUACCUAAUUAUGUCUGACCAUUUGUGGGCUUUUUACAGUAUCUCAGCAAAUGAUGACCCACUCAGUAAAAAUGAACACACCAUUUUAAGAAAAAUUACACUUUUCCAAGUAAGAGUGGUAAUUUCAGUAUCUGGCUGGGGACUCAAAAUAUGUUUUUAUUUCAUUUUCUUCUGAAGAACUGCUUCUCGGUGACUUGCUGUAAAAUAUAAAAAUAAACACUUGAGCUUUUGUAAAAUCAGUCAUUUGAGAAGAUAGAAAUAAAUCUUG